AUGGAGUUGUCCUCUCUCAGGCUGUGGCCUCUGCUUCUCCUGGCCUGGUGGCCUCUUCUUCCUGGUCUAACUGGUGAGAACAUAGUGAAUUUCCUGAGUGGUGAUAAUAAAUGUGAAGGCCAAAUACAGUUGCUGUAUGAUGGGCAGUGGGGCCUUAUGUGUGGGGACAGUUUGGGCAUGCAGGAGGCCUCAGUGAUCUGCAGACAGCUUGGCUGUGGCUCUGUGAAUUCUAUUUCCCAGUACAUUUUGACACCCGAAGAGAUGAAACAACCUUGGCUGUCUAGCGUCCAAUGCCAUGGUGAAGAAGCCACCCUCUGGGAGUGUCUCCUAGGGUCCUGGGGGCCCCUCAGUGGCUGCAAUUGCCAAUGUGUGGCUGUGAUUAUCUGCUCAGGUGGUACCACACGAUACAUCGGGUUAGCUGGUGGAAGCAGUCCGUGUGCUGGGAUUCCAGAGGCCACUGGCCUCUCCGGCCUUGCCCUGAGAUGUGACUUGCAAAAGGAGGAGGCUGGCGUUCUGUGCAGACAGCUGGAGUGUGGCACUGCCCUGCAGUGGUCCAGAGCCCAUCUCGGAGCAGACAGGAAGCAGGAAGAGAAGUAUAUUACAUGCCAGGGAACCGAGCCUGACAUUUUACAUUGCCAGACCAAUGUGAACUUCCUAGAGCAAUGCGACCUCCUGACCUACACCCAGAUUGUAUGCACAGUCUAGCCUUUGUCCCAGGGACACAUGGAGGUCUGGCUGGUGGGUGGAGUGCACCCCUGUGAGGGUUCCCUGGAGGUUCUGUGAGGACUGACCUGGGCACCGUGUGCAGGACUGAUUGGGGAGAAUUCCCUGAGUCUCAUAGAUGGUUCAAACCAAUGUGAUGGUCGUCUGGAAGUGGAGCACAGUGGGCAGCAAGGCCUUGUGUGUGGUGACCACUGGGGCAUUCAGGAAGCUUCGGUGACCUGCAGACAGCUUGGCUGUAGCCAUGCACGUUCUACCUUCCAGUAUAUUUUGAGGCCUGAAGAGAUGAAGCCUCCCUGGCUGUAUAGUACCAAGUGCAGCGGUGAGGAGGCCACCCUCUGGGAGUGUUCUCUAGGGAUCUGGGGGCCCCUCAGUGACUGCAAGUGCCAGUGUGUGGUGUCAAUUAUCUGCACAGGUGGUAACUUUCAGCAAGUCAAGCUGACCAGAGGUGCCAGUCCAUGUGCUGGGUCUCCUGAGUUGUUGAGUGGGUCUCUCCCAAUCCUGAAGUGUGACCUACAAAAGGAAGAGGCAAGUGUCCUGUGCAGAGACCUGCAGUGUGGCACCGCUCUGCAGUGGUCCAGAGCUCAUCACGGAGCAGGGACUGGAAAUCAAGAACAGAAAUUCGUGUCUUGCCAAGGGACAGAGCCUAACAUUUUAUACUGCAAGAUCAAUGUGAACUUUGCAGAGCAGUGUGAUGUUCAAUCCUACACCCAGGUGGUGUGCACAGGUCACGUGGAGGCCCGGCUGCUGGGUGGUACACACCCCUGUGAAGGACGCCUGGAGGUUCUUCGAGGCCUUACCUGGGGCACCGUCUGCUACGAUGACCUGGACCUGCCCACAGCCCACGUGGUUUGUCGGGAGUUGGGGUGUGGCACCGCUGUGUCCAUACUCGGCAGUUCCCACUUUGGCUAUGGAUCGGGGCCUGUGUGGACAGAGGCCUUUCGCUGUGUGGGCAAUGAAUCACUGCUGUUCCACUGUUUGAGGGAGCCUGGACACCAAUGCGGCCAUGAUGAAGAUGCUGCACUCACCUGCUCAGGGGAAAAGUUCCGACUGGUUAACGGCAGCAGCAGCUGUGAGGGCCGUGUGGAGCUUCGAGUAAAGGACUGGCAGCCCCUCUGUGCGGCCAGCUGGGACUUAGCGGAUGCCACGGUGCUCUGCCACCAGCUCAACUGUGGCUAUGCAGUGGCUACACCCCAAGGAGGCCACUUUGGAAACGUGAGCGGCCCCUUCUGGACAGAUGAGUUUCAUUGUGUGGGGACAGAGCCACACUUGCUGAGCUGCCCAGCAAGCACCCUAGGGGCCCAGGCUUGCACCCUGGAAAAUUCAGCCUCGGUUAUCUGCUCAGGUCUCCAGGAUGCCCUGCGGCUGAGGGAUGGACAGAGCUCCUGUGAUGGCCGAGUGGAGGUCUUCCUGAAUGGUGUGUGGGGGCGUGUGCUGGACAGUGCCUGGGACCUGCGUGAUGCUGCUGUGGUAUGCAGGCAGCUCGGAUGCGGAGAGGGCCUUGGAGCCUAUGAUGCUCCAGCACCAGGCCACAAGACAGUCCCUGUGGGGCUGAGUCUGGUGCGCUGCUUGGGCUCUGAGACCCACCUGGCCCAGUGCAAUGUGUCUGUGUCUCAGCUGGUGCCUGUGGGGACUUUGCAGGAUGCAGGCGUGGUAUGCUCAGGGAGCUUGCAUAUACGGCUGGUAGAGGGUAAUGGGCGCUGUGCUGGGCGUGUAGAAGUGUUCUAUCAGGGUACAUGGGGCACCGUAUGUGAUGAUGCCUGGGAUCUACGGGAUGCCCACGUGGUCUGCAGACAGCUGGGCUGUGGCUAUGCCCUCAGUGCCCCCGGGGCUGCCUAUUUUGGAGCAGGAACUGGGCACAUCUGGAUGGAUGAACUGGGCUGCCUGGGCCAUGAGGCUGCUCUUUGGGAGUGCCAGUCAGAAAGCUGGGGCCAACAAGACUGUGGGCACAAGGAGGAUGCAGGAGUGGUCUGUUCAGAAUUCACUGACAUAAGGCUUCAGGAACACAGCCAGCCAUGCACAGGACGCCUGGAAGUUUUCUACAAUGGGACAUGGGGUGGUGUCUGCCAGUCCCUGAGUGCUGCUUCCCUGAGGGUUCUGUGUGGACAACUGGGCUGUGGGUCCCAAGGGCAACUGCUGGCCAGGCCAAGGAGCUCAACUCCACUUGAGACUGUCUGGUUGAAGUCCAUUCAGUGCAGGGACAAGCAUGAUAGGUCCCUGUGGCAAUGCCCUUCAGAACCCUGGAACAGGCAUUCUUGCCUCAGUGGAGAGGAGGCUUGGCUGGUGUGUACAGAAAAGACAGAAGCUUCUUGGGAUAUGGAGCAGAUUACCAACUGCUCGUCAACUCUUAGCUGCCCAGAGGAAGGUGCACUUCGUGUGUUUGGGGGUGAGGAUGGCUGCUCUGGACGAGUGGAGUUCUGGCACGGAGGGUCAUGGGGCACAGUGUGCGAUGACUCCUGGGACCUGGCAGAUGCAGAAGUUGUAUGCCAGCAGCUGGGCUGUGGGCCAGCCAUAGCUGCUUUGCAUAAUGCUGCCUUUGGCCCCGGUUCAGGGCCUAUAUGGCUAGACGAAGUGGGAUGCCGUGGCAGUGAGGCGUCCCUGGGAGCCUGCCAGGCAGAACCAUGGGGAUAUGGAGACUGCUCCCACAAGGAGGAUGCCGGUGUACACUGUCUGGGUAUCCCUGGAACCGUGGCAUCAGGCAAUUCUCUGGCUCCUCCACCUGUCCCUGAGAUCUGGACUCUGUCUGAGAUUGCCUGCCUGGUCCUUGGCUGCCUCCUGGGCCUAGUCCUUCUGGUCCUGGCUGCUCAGUGGUGCCACAGCAAAGUCAUCAGCAUGGGUUCUGGAACGAUGGGGCAGCUGGCCUCAGAGGCAGUCUAUGAAUACAUUGAAACAGUCCCUAUGGAGGGAAGAGCAGAGGAGCCAGAAGCAUCCUGGAGCCGGGUGCAGGAUGACGAUUAUGAUGAUGCAGAAGAACCCGAGGACAGCCCUGGGGAGGACAUGGAGGCUGGGUACCACUGA